AUGGCUGCUGCACAACAACAAGCACAGGCACUCACUUUUCAACUGGUUCAACCACCUACUUCAUCUGUAUCAUCACCAGCUACUCCUCAAAGUCAAACGACAUCAAGUCAACGUGAACGACGUGCAUCAAGAGAUCGUGCUAGCAGUGCUCAAUCUUCGUGUAUGGGUGUGAUUUCUUCUUUUGCCAUCAUCCAAGAGACACCAAAGAAGACUACUAGCAAGCCAAAGUUACACAAUACAAUGGCAACAUCAAUCGACGCUCAUUUGGGUGAUGAACAACAACAUCAACAACAACAGCCGCAACAAAAUCAAAGACCAAAGGCAUCCGAGCUGAGGUUCAAGAUUGAAUCAGUGGGCACACAUUUGGAAGAAGACGAUGAUCUUGAUACAUGUCCCGCUCGUACUCGCGCAGCUUGGCCUCGUGAAAUCACUCCAUGGUGGACACCUACACAUCGCUAUGAAAAGCCGCCGUAUUCGUAUGCUACGCUCAUUGCUCACGCCAUCUUGUCAAGCAAGGAUGGUCGUCUGACUCUUAGUGACAUUUACAAGUGGAUAUCGGAACACUAUCCGUACUAUGUGCCAGGUCAACAUGGUUGGCAGAAUUCAAUUCGUCACAACCUAUCGCUUAACAAGAAAUGGUUCUUGAAACUCGAUCGACGUCCUACUCAAGCCAAUCCUGGUAAAGGUUGCUAUUGGACAUUGGUUGCUGGUACAGAGCAAUACUUUAUCGAUCAGCUUACACAAGCCGGUGGUCACAGCCGCAAGCACCAUGAUAUUGGUUUAACUGCUGAGUUGUCAAUCGGCAAUCACCGAAGAGGAUCUUGUUAUUAUGGACGCAACAAUAAUGGCAACAACAACAACAAUCGAUCUGAUGACUCGUCCUCAAGCGGUUCCACUGCAGUGCAUCAUGGUAACAUGCUGAUCACGCGCCCUGAAGACUAUGAAGCACCGAAAAAGACUCCGGCUCCACUUGGGAUGUAUACCACCUUCCGUAUGGCUGAUAUGGAUGACAAGUCAAAGUCUAAACGUGAGAAUGGCUCUCUUCACAAGCAACGCACAAACAAGAAGCGACGUCCUCAACAACAACGUAACAACACUGAAUCCGGCUAUGAUAGUGGUGUGGAUGUUAGCAGCAAGUACGUUCAAAAAGCCAAGGCAAAACAAAAGCAACAGCAACAACCACCACAACAACAACAACCACAACAGCAACAGCAGCAACAACCAUCACCUUCGACAACGAUCGAUGACAUUCUUGGUGGUGGUGAUUAUAGCUGGCAAGACAACCUCUUGGACGUGGCUGUGCCAUUUGCCAACCUUGAUAUCAAUGACUCCUCCUUUUUGUCUUAUUUGCCCCAAGGAUAUGAUGCCAAUAACGUACAAGACCAACAAGAACCAUGGGUGCUGCCAACAACAUCAAGCGAUUGGUUUCAAGGAACAAUGUCAACACCUGCUUACAUGUUUAAUACACCAUUGUUGGAUCAUGGCAUCGACUCUAAUACCAGCCAAGCAUGGAACCCCACAACAUCACAAGAAGUGUGGUCUAGCAACGAAUUCUUAUCAUCCGUUUCGGCACCUGCUAUUGAUGACAUUCAACCAUCUCUCUCUUAUCCAACACUCUUGGCUUCUCGUUACGAGCCUCCUCAGCAAGAAUCCACACCCAUGAUGCCCUUGAAUGAUCAACAACAGCAAUUGCAGCAGCAUCAUGAAUCCUAUGACCAAGACACCAAGGUCGAAGAUUGUCUCAAAAAAGUGCUUUCCUAUCAGCAAUGUCUUCAACAACAUCAGCAGCAAUUUGACAGCAAUAAUGAUAUCGUUGCAAGCACCUCAUGUACCCAAGCAACAUCAUUGUAUUCCAAUCAAGUGCUCAAAUCCGAACCCAUUGUGAUCAACCUUGAUGACGAGGAGGUUACAACAAAGUAUCUCCAUUUUGAGGAAGAUCAAGCCGAUGCCGACGACGAAGACGAUGAUGAUGAGGAGGAGAAUGUCCCUUCCACAAAUCCUUGUAAUGAUACCCCAACGUCUGUGCUCGAAGAGUAUGGAUCCAUGUCUGCCCUUUUGUUUGCCUAA